ACGCAGUUCAUUAGAGAAUUGUGAGCGGUUGUGACAGCAUCUCCACCCUAAUUUUAGCACAACUCGCUCGGAUUGAGAGAAUUUUUCACUCGAAUAUUUGGCGACGAUGUCACGUUUUUUCCAAAUUCUCGUGGCUAUCGCGGUGCUGGCGUACUACGCCGAUGACGUAUCCGCGGGUUGGGCAAAGUGUUGGAGAGGUAGAAGAGGAAAAAUUUCGGAAUUCGGUUGUUUCGGCGUUUCAAAAUUAACGGAUCUCGAUAAAGCACCUCAAAAUGUAAAGUCUAUCGUUUAUCACACGUCGGAACUAACCAACAUUCGAGCAAAUGCCUUUUAUCGCUUUCAAGGAUCGCUAGAAUCGUUGGACAUGCACAAAGCAGGAAUUCACACCAUAGAACCCAAGGCUUUCAACGGUCUAGUUAAUCUUAGAAAUCUGACCCUUUGGGGUAACAAUUUAACAUGGGUCCAAGCAGCUUGGUUCGAAAAAUUAAAUCAAUUGAGAAAUUUAGACUUGUCUUUCAACGCCAUUUCGUACAUUGAAGAAGCAGCUUUCCUGAAAAUGGGCAAGUUGGAAAAUUUUUACAUCGAUUACAAUCUCAUGGUGAACUUGAAUUGGAACGUCUUUUCAUAUUUGGGAAAUCUGAAGAGAGUCCGUCUUGGAAAAAAUCCUUGGGAUUGGUGGUUCCGAGCAGCGAUAACUCGGCAACUGGACGACCAGCAUGUGAAUUACGAUAGUGAGUGGGACAAUUUCGAUUGGAUAAAUCAUGUUAUUUGGAACUGUGUUGAAGUACAUCAAGCCAGGAAUGACGACGACAGUGUCCUCGAUUGCGCGUCAGCAUAUCUUCUACAAGAACGUUCCAAGGUCGCAGACCAGACUCAGAGAAACACAGUUUGUAGUCUGGAAACAGCCGAGCUCUAUAACUGCGCUAGCAGAUACGACCCGGUACAAAAUUUGACGAUAACGCCACAGAUGGCUGUCAGAAAAAUGUUCCAAGGAUUUAUUGGUUCUUUUAAAUCCUUGCAAAACCCGGAUGCAACGUUACAAUGGAUGUAUCCAUAAUUCCAGCCAUCAAUCCAUGGUUAACAAUCAGAUUGAUGAAGUAACUCGACAUUGAAAUUGGGAAAUACAUUUUAUAACCAUUUUAUAAUUUUUCAAAUAUAUUAAUGAUCUAUCAUCAUACUUUCUGUAUUCAGAUAAAUAAAUAUUUUGUGAAUUUA